AGAGCUUCAGCACAAGCUGCCACCGCCAACCGAGGAGAGAUCAGCGCCGCCGCGCCGCGAACCGGUUCACCGGGGCGGAGCCAAGCCGCGCUGAACGGCCCGCGCGCCGCGGCCUCGCGAGCUCGACCUCCUUGGGCGCUGCCGGAGCGGGAUCGUGCCGUCUUUGCCCGCGCGCGCGGCGCCGACGCGGUGGCUGCUCGCUGCCGGCUCGCCGGGGCACUCGUUUGUGGCGAGCGGGAGUUGGUGAGCACACUGAUCUUGCUCCUCGCGGUGAGCAAUUCCCCUGCAAUCGAGACAUCGCCGGAAGAACUUACUCCGAAAAAUGGGAUCUAGGGAGCUUCAAUUGAGCUAAAGGAGGAGGAGGGCGCACUUGCCAAGGAAAUGAGGAAGAAUUGGGGGCUCAGCUCCGGCCCCGCGCGGCCGUUCAGUGACCGCCGGUGGCUGCUCCCCUUCCUCGCGAGCCUGCUCGUCACGGCCACGCUCUUGCUCGCCGCCGCCUGCGGGCUCUUCUCGCCGCCCUACCCCGGCGGCGGCGACGGCGACGCGGCCCUGUUCGACGUGGUCUCUCUCGCCGACUGGGACGACGGCUCGUCGCCCGGCGACGGCGCCCGCUCCGUCGAGGCCGGGAUCAAGGACCGGCUGCUGGGCGGCGACGCCGCCGCUGAUGACGAGAACCCCGACGACGCCGCCGUCAACUCGGACGACUCCGACGCCGAGCCGCCGCGGAUCGCGUACCUCCUCGAGGGCACCAAGGGGGACGGCCUGCGGAUGCGGCGAACGCUGCAGGCCAUCUACCACCCGCGCAACCAGUACAUCCUGCACCUCGACCUGGAGGCGCCGCCGCGGGAGCGGAUCGACCUCGCGAUGUACGUCAAGGGCGACCCCAUGUUCAGCCAGGUCGGGAACGUCAGGGUCAUCGCCAAGGGCAACCUCGUCACCUACAAGGGGCCCACCAUGGUCGCCUGCACGCUGCACGCCGUGGCCAUCCUCCUCAAGGAGGGGCUCGACUGGGACUGGUUCAUCAAUCUCAGCGCCUCGGAUUACCCGCUCAUGACACAAGAUGAUAUACUUCAUGUGUUCUCUUCUUUGCCAAGAAAUCUUAAUUUUAUAGAGCACUUUCAGUUAUCUGGGUGGAAAGUUAAUAUAAGGGCAAAACCAAUCGUUCUGGAUCCAGGGCUCUAUCUAUCAAAAAAGUUUGACCUUACUAUGACUACUGAGCGGAGGGAAUUGCCAACAUCUUUCAAAUUAUAUACCGGUUCUGCUUGGAUAAUGCUCACAAAAUCCUUCCUCGAGUACUGUAUAUGGGGUUGGGAUAAUCUCCCACGAAACCUCCUGAUGUACUACGUCAACUUCAUCUCCUCACCAGAAGGCUAUUUCCAAACUGUCAUCUGCAACUCUAAUGAUUUUCGGGGCACUGCAGUUAGCCAUGAUCUGCACUACAUCGCUUGGGACUACCCUCCAAAGCAGCACCCACUGAUCCUCUCAAUGAAGGACUUCAACAAAAUGGUGAAGAGUGGUGCGCCAUUUGCACGGAAAUUUCCCAAGGACGACAAGGUCCUGGACAAGAUCGACCGUGAACUUUUGCACCGCUCGGAGGGUCGGUUCACCCCAGGAGCGUGGUGUGAUGGGACCUCAGAAGGAGGGGCUGAUCCAUGCUUGUCUAGGGGUGAGGACUCUGUUUUUGAGCCCGGCCCUGGUGCUGAGAGGCUGCGAGGCCUGAUGAAGAAGGUUCUGUCAUGGGAUUACCGCAACGGAAGCUGUUCGUCACUCGCUUAUGAUCAGACAAAAAGAGAUUGGUAUGUUCCGAAAAGUAAAGGAUAAUUUUGGUGUCAUGCCAUGCUUUCUUGUAAAUGCAGCACUUGACCUCUUCCACUGAAAUGAACAACACCAAGGAACACAACUUGUUGACCAAGAGAAAUUGUUGAUAUAGCACUACUGCUCAUAUAUGUGACCGUAAGAGGGAAUUGGUUAUCUGAUAGAAAUCAAAGAUGAUGGAAAUUGCCAGAUCUACCAUAUGUUCAAUAUUGCCCGUGUGCAAGCUAGAAAAGAACAUUUCUCUUCUGCCCUAUUGUGGUCAAGGUCUCGCUCUCCACCUGUUUUUGUGCUUGAUCACAAUCAAAUUGGAAGACCCCGAUUGGGACUGGACCUGAAGUAUGCAAAAAAAAAAGUCUGCCAAGAAUUUGUCUCGGUAGACUGAAUCACAUGCCUGCGUUCAGAAUAAUCUGUUUUUUCCUACUGGAGAUAAUUCUGCUUGUCUGGUCGGUAGCAUGGUUCGUAGCAUUGUAUUCCAUAGGUGUAGAGAACCAGGAAUGUUCAAUAGAUGAAGAGAUCCGCUUGCCAAUAUGUCUGUCUGUCUGUCUGAAACCUAAAAUGUUCAGAAUGAAGGACAAACUGUCUGUCUGAAACACGAACUCUGGCAAGCUUGGCUGAUUGGGCUCUGACUUGUGCACAAAGAAUUCUUGCAAAA